CACCGGAUCGUUGUUUGAGGUCGGACCAUCAAGGCGAGCAGGAUGGAAGUGAGAGAUGCCAAUGCUGCUGUGCUAAGCAAUUAUGAGGUCUAUAAGCUGCUGACAGACUUGAAAGAGAAGAGGAAGGAGAUUGUUAAAAAUAAACACAGCUCUGGGCAGCAGAAUCUCAACACCAUCAUGUAUGAGACCCUGAAGUAUCUUUCCAAGACACCAUGUGUUCAUCAGAACCCAGAGACAGUGAAAGAGUUCCUUUCUGCGAUGCUGCCUCACAAGCUCACAAAAGCUGAGAAGCUGCAACUCCUAAACUACAGACCUCAGACGGCCGUUGAGAUCCAGCUGAGCUGGAUGUUAGAAAUAUAUCCUGUCAACCACUUGCAGGUGGUAGAAGAGAGUGAGGAAAGACUGACAGAAGAACAGAUAGAUGAACUUAUACAGAAAGUCACAGACAUCCUCCCUGGUGACCCUCUGGAAGAAGGCGAUGCAUCUGCUGACCCUGAGAUGGAAACAGAAGGAAACCAAUAGCAUCCUUUCUGCAAACACUUUAUUUUUUUUUUUUUUUUUUUGGUGUUGUGAUGCUUUCAUUCUCGACCACAGAAGAAAUGGAUUUCAGAUUUGUAGGCAGUGCUAAUCCUCAAGAAAUCUACCGUUGAUUUUCAUUAUAUUAAUGAGAAUGCAUGUCAGGUACAUUUAUGAACAAAAAGGUUAUAUCUAAAUGGUCUAGUGUCACAAAUCUAAAAACGUUUAUUUAUUUACCUUAAUGUAUAUAUUGUAAAAGCAUAUGAUGAAAAGAAAUGCCAUAUGUGAUUUUUAUGAUUAUUGAAACUUUUUUCAAACACAUUUGUAGCAGUUGUAGUGAUGGGGGUAGAUAUAAUCUUCUGGAGUCCUAAAAGAUAAGCUAAUUUCCUCUGGCAUCCUUCCUGUUUUGCUUUCAUUUAUUUUCUGUUAAAUUAUCAGUGCCCAUUGUAAGUUUUCAUUUGAUAUUUCAGACCGAUUGAGCAAAGCAAAACUGUUUUGAAUAUAGGCUAUUUAGUGUGUUAUGUCUGUUUGCAAUUUUCCAAGCUGUCUCUGCUGACUUGACUGUGCAAAUGAGGUGGCAUAAUGUGUAACAGCAGGAUUUUACUGAGCUUUUGUAACAUCUAAGUUCACCAUUUUUAUCAUUUGUCAGCACCUAAUAUGAAUCAUCUAUUCAAGACACUUUCUCCUGCCAUUAACAUUAACUAAUUAAGACACUCAUUAACUAUUUUAAGAUGAAUAUAGACUCAUCUAUUCAAACCAGAAUAUUGGUUUAUGACAUCAAUUCCUUGUCAUAAAGAAAAAAACAAAACAAAGAACCAAUGGAAAGGAUCUGAAAGACACUAGACGUUUGUUGUAACCAAUGAAAUUUGAGAUAUCCAUUUUCAACUGUGGUAUGAAGUUACAAACAAGCUUCACUCACGUUGAGUAGCCUUAGAUUGCAGUCUGGACGAUGGGGCAGGGCGACACGUUGGGGCGGUUUUUCAACAACCUUUCCCGUUCCUGCAGCAGAAAUCGUUGAGCGCGUUCCAUUUAAAGGGCACGAGCCUUUUCAUGUUUGUUGACAGUUUGUUAACUUAUUUCGUUAUCGUAAUAUCAAGAUGCAUUUUGGGCGAUUCGUUUGAAACGGGACGACGCUAAAGUAACGGGGUCCAAACUGUUUUGGGAGUUGUCCACUUAAAACACAUUCAUGUUUGACAUAGCACCAGAGCGUUGCAUUAAAAACCAGCAUUUUCAGGUGAAGUCAGAAGUUUACAUACAAUUAGGCUGAAGUCAUUAAAACUCAUUUUUUUAACCACUCCACAGAUUAAAUGUUAGCAAACUAUAGUUUUGGCAAGUAAUUUAGGACAUUACUUUGUGCAUGACAUGGGUAAUUUUUCCAACAAUUGUUUACAGACAGAUUGUUUCACUUUUAAUUGACUAUUUCCCAAUUUCAGCGGGUCAGAAGUUUACAUACACCAAGUUAACUGUGCCUUUAAGCAGCUUGGAAAAUUCCAGAAAAUGAUGUCAAGCCUUUAGACAAUUAGCCAAUUAGCUUCUGAUAGGAGGUGUAAUGAAUUGGAGGUGUACCUGUGGAUGUAUUUUAAGGCCUACCUUCAUACUCGGUGCCUCUUUGCUUGACAUCAUGGGAAAUUCAAAAGAAAUCCGCCAAGACCUCCGAAAAACAUUGUGGACCUCCACAAGUCUGGUUUAUCCUUGGGAGCAAUUUUCAAACACCUGAAGGUACCAUGUUCAUCUGUACAAACAAUAGUACGCAAGUAUAAAUACCAUAGGAUCACGCAGCCAUUAUACCGCUCAGGAAUUCUGUCUCCUAUGAACGUAGAGUUGUGCGAAAAGUGUAAAUCAAUCCCAGAACAGCAGCAAAGGACCUUCUGAAGAUGCUGGAGGAAACAGGUAGACAAGUAUCUAUAUCCACAGUAAAACAAAUCCUAUAUCAACAUAACCUGAAAGGCUGCUCAGCAAGGAAGAAGCCAGUGUUCUAAAACGGCCAUAAAAAAAGCCAGACUACUGUUUGCAAGUGCACAUGGGGAAAAAGAUCUUACUUUUUGGAUACAUUUUCUCUGGUCUGAUAAAAAUGGAAAAAGGGUGAGGCUUGCAAGUCGAAGAACACCAUCCCAACCGUGAAGCAUGGGGGUGGCACUAUCAUGUGGGGGUGCUUUGCUGCAGGAGGGACUGUUGCACUUCACAAAAUAGAUGGCAUCAUGAGGAAGGAAAAUUAUGUGGCUAUAUUGAAGCAACAUCUUAAGACAUCAGCCAGGAAGUUAAAACUCUGUCGCAAAUGGUUCUUCUAAAUGGACAAUUACCCCAAGCAUACCUCCAAAGUUGUGGCAAAAUAGCUUAAGGACAACAAAAUCAUUGUAUUGGAGUGGCCAUCACAAAGCUCUGACUUCAAUCUGACAGAAAUUUGGAAAUUGUGGGUAGAACUGAAAAGCAUGUAUGAGCAAGGAGGCCUACAAACCUGACUCAGUUACACCAGUUCUGUCUGGAGGAAUGGGCCAAAAUUCCAGCAACUUACUGUGAGAAGCUUGUGGAAGGCCACCCAAAUGUUUGACCCAAGUUAAACAAUUAAAAAGGCAAUACUAACAAAUUGUGUGUAAACUUCUGAUCCACUGGGAAUGUAAUGAAAGAAAUAAAAUCUGAAAUAAAUAAUUCUCUCUACUAUUAUUCUGACAUCUCUCAUUCUUAAAAUAAAGUAGUCGUCCUAACUGAUCUAAGACAGGUUUAUGAUUAAAUGUCAGGAAUUGUAAAAAAAAAAAAAAAAAAACUGAGUUUAAAUGUAUUUGGCUAAGAUAUAUGUAAACUUCAGACUAUACUGCACAAACUGAUGGUUAUGUGAGGAUUUAAAGGGGAAAUAAGCGCAUGCUCAUAUUUUUUCAAAAAGCGAAUG